AUAAUGGCCUAGCYAUAUAAAGACCGUAAAGACGCAGUCCAUUCGACUAUACCACUGUUAUCCGAUAGCACCCAUCAUCGCGGCGAGAAGAUGAACGUCAAAUUACUUCUAGUAGCAAGUGUUGUUAUGGCUGUUCUUAUCAUGCCUUUACGUGUAUCGGCAGGCAUGACUGGUUUGAGCCAACACAUACCGUCGUCAGGAAAACGCACACCACAGCCAAAGGGGGAUGAGGGGAAGAGAAGUGACAUCGUUACCCGAACCGCUGACCGUAUAUGUGACGCAGCGAGAUAUCUUGGUUGCCUACCCUGAAGAACUGGACCCGUGAACAUGUCACAAGCCUAGAAAUGAACUGAAUAAAAUAAAAUGAAUAGAAAAUAAUAGAAUAUGAAAUAAAAUGAACUAAAACUAAAAAAAAGAUACUGAAUAUAUGCUUGACAAUGGUGUAUUACUGAUGUCCAUUGCUAACUAGUGCUAGUCAUUGUGUACAAAUGAGUACAAGUGAACCCGGGCAAUUGAACUGCUGCGAGUACGAUUAGGUGACGUUAUAUGUAUGUUGAAGAAGUCURCGUCCAGUCUGUAGCCUAUUGCAGUGUCUUGCGACAAGGACGCGCGAUACUGUAAGCUUACUGAUCCUACUCAACCUCGCAGCAUAARUAUCGCUGUUUUGGAGUGCGAAACAAAAUAAAAUAAUUAUAAAAUAAAAAAUAAUAAUAAUAAAGUAAUUUAUUCUACUUAAUUAGGACCAGCAUAAGAGCCCUUAUAGGAGGACUGUGAACAUGAGUGCACCUAGGCCCAGUAGCACGAAUCCGACAGAUAAAUAUUAUCCAGUUGAUAAAUUUAUUGAAUAUAACAGCAUCGACUAUCUACCCUUCGUACAACCGGGCCCCGAACAGGAAUACUGCGGACUGCGAACCGUACCGCACUAGUGGCCUGGUACUCCAGUCCCAGUCCCUCUCUAUUUCAUAACAGCUGACACUUCACAUCGUGGGCUCAAUCCUAAUGGCGGGGAACAGUUGAUUAGUUGUUUAUGGUUCUCGUUGGCCUCAAUAUUUGAAUUUUAAGGUCCUUUGCUAAUAACCUCCCGCGAAAAUGGACUUCGACAUGGCAUGGGAAAACAGUACAGAUACCAUGGAUACGAACGAACAUGAGAUAAAGCACCGUAACCAUGCAGGUCCUUUGCCUAAAGUCCUCUACGACAUGUUCCUCAACUCAGUGCGUUCACGUAAACUCGACAAAAUACAAUAUCCCAGCGGACCCGAGUUAAAAGCCCUCGGCUUUCCUAAACCCAGGGGAGGUCAUACCAGGCGAGAGAGGUUCAAACACUGGGCCAGUAGGAUGGAAGUAGCGUACGACCGUGAAAGUGAAAAAGAAAUGCUGGCGCACAAAAGAACCGGGAAACUCAUAAUACCGUUGGAGGAGUUUGAAAAUGCGGUACGGAGAGUCCACGAGAAUGAAGGGGGUAAACACAGGGAUUUAAAGAGCACUGCUAAUAUUAUUCAAGAAAAGUACACCAUUGGGAGCCGGGAUUUUGGUAUGAAUAAAGGAAUAAUAAGAUAUAUAGUGGAUACCUGCCAAGAGUGUAUUAUAGACUAUGCUUUGCUCAAAAAAAAUGAUGACAGAUCAUCCAGUAGGUCUCCAACACCUAUCUGUAAUGGACUUUUAACACCAGAGUCCCGAUCAAUGGUGGCUCAUGUACCAAACAGUGCGUGUAUUUGGUUUGAUAAAUCAGUUUUAUUACCUGGUCAAGAGUUUUAUCCAAGAUUAAUGUCAUUAAUCAAUGAGAUGAGAGGAGAAUUGCCAGGCAUUGCAAAGGGAAACAAAGAAGCUAAAGGAAGAUUCUGUCUUAAAUUAUUAACAACCCUGGAUUGUGUGCGAUCACAAACAGCCAUCACAAAGAACGCCUACCACGUCCAAGAACCCUACACUCAUGAACUUCACAAAGAUUUCCAGGAAUUAUACUCAGUUUAUCAGGAAGAGAACAUUACCGAUCAAUUCCAGUCAGAUUCGAGGCUUAUUUUGGACGUCUAUCGAAGUGCAGGCUUCAGUGACUAUUUUCUGCGGAGUCUAGAGUCGUCUAUCUCGCUCGUGUCUCAAGGACAAUCGAGAAUAUCAAAGGAACAAUUCGUUUGUGAGAGCAAUGGACUUAAUUUAUUUUCGAGAGGAAACAUGACAUAAUACUAGAGCARAAUCAAUACUAUAAACAUAAGUAUUUCCCCUGGCAUUCAAUGCCACCUCUUUUUAGAAACGCCAAUACUAAAUCUUCAAGAAAUAGCUCGGGUGCUAGAAUACCUGGAUUUAGAAAGAACGAACAAAUUACCGCCGUUUGCAUUACUACGUGGCCACCCCAGACACAAAUCGCAUCGUAUAGUUUGCAAUAGACUGCCGUCAAUCAAACGCCUCAUUCUACUUGGAUGUACUCAAACUCUUUGCAAUCGCUUUCGGAACUUUCCUUCGUGAUAUCUGACUGAGAAAGUUUGAUAGAAAAGCCAACUCACUGAUCCAAACGUGUAUAAAUGGCGUCAACAUGAAUGAUUGACGGUAGUCUAUUGCAAACUACACGACUYGAUUUGUGUCUGGGGUGGCCGCGUAGUAAUGCAAACGGCGGUAAAUGAUUCAGAUGAGAAUAUUGUCGGAGGUAAAGUGGUUUAGCGUUUGAGUAUACCGUUACCGUGACGGCGCUGGUAAUUGGGAGUUUAUUGGAUGAGCACCGAUCUGGCGUGCCGUUAUACGAUCAUAAAAUUAAUGACGUUAAAUUGUUUUUGACUAUGAUAUAUUUCAGAGGUUUUACACUCAUGACUUAAAAAACAAAUUCAAACACAGAGCAAUUGCCCUAUUUCACUAUGACGUCACUGCUUGUUUAUGUGGGGGAUAGAAUCGCCAAAUCCAAUAGAAAAUUCAACAAAAUUUGCCGUAAAUCUAGGAGUCCUAGCGAAACAGUUUAAUCUAAAAUGGCCUGGUUUUCAGAUAUAAUAUGUGCUAAUAUGUACUAAGAAAAAUUAUGAGCGUUUGCUGGCUAUUCUACUUCUCUUCGUGGAUUGAUACGGGUUUUAGAACAAUUUUCGGUGAAUUUGCGUUGAUUUGACCCCCUCCGACGACCAUGAUCCUUUGCGUUUAAACAAUAGAUUGUUUUGAUGUGACRUCAUAGUGAAAUAGGGCAAUUACACGUCAGACGUGUUAUAGGUCAAGCAAUAAAAUUGUUCUAUUUUGAACAAAGGCUGUGUUUUCACUAGGACAAUUUAAACUAGCUUAAUUACGACACCGGAAAUAAGGCAAAGUUAAACUACCUAGCAAGAUGGUUUAAGUUGUCCUACCAAAUAAAUGGGCCAAUCACAGUGUUAUUCUUGAAAGGUGGGAGUCGGAUUAAAACACCUCCAGGAAUUUUACGCAAGUUAACAUUUCUAGUGAAAACACAGCCACAAUAUUUUUUGUACAGAAUUAUUGCACCUGGCAAAGCAGAAGCYGUUAGGGUUGUCACGUCUAGUCACGCAACAUACAGAAGACCUCGAUUAUGUAACUAAGAGCGAAUACAAAAAAGAUGAAGGCGACACAUUUAUCACCUUUACCCACAAAAGAAAGACAAACACACGAAACUCUUUA